AUGGAACUUUUUUCUCUUUCGUUGGAUUUAACCAAUUCAAUAAUCCUAGGCAUCGUAUCCGUGCUUGUGAUUUAUUGGUUUUGGCUGAAACCACGUGGGACAUCGUCCUCUUCGUCCUCAAACAGCACAAUGUCGUUGAUUAAACCAGCGAAACCAUUAAAUGAGCUGUCAGCAAAACCAUCUGGUGUUGCACACGAAGGUAGUUUCGUCGAUCGAAUGAUUCAUUCUGGCAAGACAAUGGUGGUGUUUUACGGCUCUCAGACUGGAACUGCUGAAGAAUUCGGACAACGUAUUGCUAAACAAGCAAAACGUUAUGGAAUAUCGGCGACUGUGUGUGAUCCUGAAGAAUGCGAUAUGGAAGAACUGCAACGUUUGACAACGAUUGAUAAGCAUAUAGCUUUGUUCUGUUUGGCAACUUAUGGUGAAGGUGAUCCAACAGAUAAUGCACAAGAAUUCUACGAAUGGCUACGUGAAGAUGGACGAGAAUUGAAUAAUCUACAUUACGCUGUGUUUGGCUUAGGAAAUAAGACCUACGAGCAUUAUAAUGCAGUAGGAAAAUAUGUUGACAAACGUUUAGAAGAGAUCGGCGGCGUUCGAAUGUGUGAAGUUGGUCUAGGUGACGAUGAUGGAAAUAUUGAAGACGAUUUCAUGGCUUGGACGACAGUGUUUUGGGAAAAUGUUUGUCAAAAAUACGAAUUAGUCAUCAAUGCUGACGGAACUUCGAUGCGUCAAUAUAAAUUGGUCGAUGGACCGUUUCCUCCUGAAACUGUAUUCACUGGUGAAAUUGGUCGAUUGAAAUCGUAUGAAAGGCAAAAACCACCUUAUGAUCUUCGUAAUCCAUAUUUAGCACCUGUUCUUGCCAGUCGAGAAUUAUUUGAAAAAGGUUGCACACGAUCUUGUUUGCAUCUAGAAUUAGAUAUAUCCAAUACGCGCAUAAAAUAUGAGGCUGGUGAUCAUGUUGCAGUAUUUCCGUCCAAUGAUGAAGCAUUGGUCAAUCGUAUUGGCGAAUUACUUAACGUUAAUCUUGAUGAAGUUAUUUCAUUAGUCAAUGUCGACGAGGAUGCACAAAAGAAAACACCUUUUCCUUGUCCAUGCAGUUAUCGCACAGCAUUAACAUAUUAUCUCGACAUAACCAGUGUUUUAAAUACGCAAGUACUCAAAGAAAUCGCUCAGUAUGCUAUCAACGAAGAUGAAAAAGCAAUACUUACACUUAUGGGUUCAUACAGUGAAGAAGGCAAAAUCAAGUACAAAGAAUGGGUGCUGGAUAGCUAUCGUUCUUUAGUUCAUGUUCUCGAAGAUUUACCAUCAUUAAAACCUCCACUCGAUCAUCUUUGUGAACUAUUACCGCGUUUACAUCCACGUUAUUAUUCCAUCUCAUCAUCGCCUAAAGUUCAUCCAACAUGUGUUCAUGUCACUGCUGUUGUUGUGCAUUACAAAACACCAACGAAUCGUUUUGCCAAAGGUGUUGCAACAAACUGUUUCAAAGAAUUACAUAACAAACACCAAGUUUUGGAAAUUAGCGAAAAUCCACCAGAAAAUGGUUGUCACGUUCCUGGACGUUUUCCAAUCUAUAUCCGUAAAUCCACAUUUCGUCUACCAUUCAAAUUUCAGACGCCAAUUAUCAUGAUCGGUCCUGGAACGGGUUUAGCACCAUUUCGUGGCUUUAUUCAAGAGCGUCAUUUUUAUAAAACUCAAAACAAACCAGUUGGUGAGACAAUUCUCUAUUAUGGCUGUCGCAAUCAAGCCGAAGAUUAUUUAUAUCGUGAUGAAUUGAAAUAUUUUGUCGAUGAACAGAUUCUCGAGUUAUAUGUAGCAUUUUCACGCGAUCAAGAGCAGAAAAUCUACGUGACACAUUUAUUGAGACAACAUGGAGAGAAAUUAUGGAAGUUAAUCAAAGAGCAAAAUGCAUCGGUUUAUGUCUGCGGUGACGCAAAAAAUAUGGCCAGAGAUGUUCAUUCAAUUCUAAUUGAUAUUGCUCAAGCACAUGGCGACAUGACAGCAGAGAGAGCAAGCGCAUUCGUGAAAGAAUUGACACAAAAAGGUCGAUAUUCCCAAGAUGUCUGGAGUUAA